AUGACGGAACCCACGGAGGGGCGAGUGAGAGAGAAAAAUAGGGCUCCUGGUCACGCGCUAGUGGUCACUUUGUGUGUCAAGAACUUUGACAUCAAGCGAAUCUUGAUAGACCAAGGAAGCUCGUGUGAGAUAAUGUACAAUGAGAUCUUCAAGCAACUCAAAUUAAAGGACAAAGACUUAGCACCUGCGACAUCUCCUUUGGUCUAUUUCAACUCAAUGACAGAAUGGCCGAUUGGCAUGAUAAUUUUACUAGUCAGAGCUGGGACGAUGACGAAACAAGUGGAAUUCUGGGUGCUGAAAGUCCUUUCCACUUGCAACAUUAUUUUGGGGAGAGUAUGGUUACAAGCCAUGCGAGCUGUAGCAUCAACCUACCAUCAGGUGAUGCGAUUCCCUAAUGAAGCUGGAGUGAUUGAAGAGGUCUUGGGAGACCAAAUCAUGUCCAAGCAAUGCUUCGUUAUCAUGAAUGGCAGCCGAGCUACCAAAGGGUUCGAGCAAAUGGUAGAGGAACCAUAA